UCGCUCGCCCACUCACUCAGGAAAUUUGAACACAGAGCAGCAGUGAGUCCACACCGCGCGCGCACAGACACGGGCAUCUCUUUCUGCGCCAAGGUCACCGAGCCCGGGGAGGAAGCAGACUCACACCUCCGUCUCCUCUGAGUGAGUAGUCAGCGUUGAGGUGGGCCAGAGAUGCCGCCCCCUGCAUGUCCACCUGCAGUGCCCCCACCAGAUGGCGGUUGGGGUUGGGCCGUGGUGUUGGCCUCUUUCAUCUCCAUCGGCUUCUCGUACGCCUUUCCCAAGGCCAUCACUGUCUUUUUCAAAGACAUCCAGAUCAUCUUCGAUGCCUCCUACAGUCAGGUCGCGUGGAUCUCCUCCAUCAUGCUCGCAGUCAUGUAUGCCGCAGGUCCCAUCAGCAGCAUACUUGUCAACAAGUAUGGCUGCAGGCCCAUCGUCUUGAUGGGGGGCUGCCUCUGUUCCACUGGUAUGAUCUUAGCUUCCUUCUGCUCUAAUGUGUUGCAGCUUUACCUCUGCAUUGGCGUUAUCGGGGGUCUUGGACUUGCCUUCAACCUGCAGCCAGCGCUGACUAUGAUAGGCAGGUACUUCCAGAAGAAACGCCCCAUCGCUAAUGGACUGGCAAUGGCAGGCAGUCCGGUGUUCCUCAGUACCCUAGCCCCUCUUAACCAGUACCUCUUCAACAAUUUUGGCUGGAGAGGCAGCUUCCUCAUCCUGGGUGGCUUGCUGUUAAACUGCUGUGUGGCUGGUGCCCUCAUGAGACCUUUGGGGCCGCCACCCAAUAAGGCCAAGAAAGAUGAAGAGUUGGCUGUCGUCCCCACCGCUACGAAACAGAAACGUUCUGUCUGGAAAAUAGUCAACAGUUACCUGGACUUGACUCUGUUCAAACACCGUGGCUUCCUUAUUUACCUUGUCGGCAACGUCAUCAUGUUCUUGGGCUUCUUUGCACCUAUUGUUUUCCUUGCAGCCUAUGCCAAGGACAUGGGUGUGGAUGAGUACUCAGCUGCCUUCCUGCUCUCGAUCCUGGCUUUCGUUGACAUGUUUGCCAGGCCAUCCAUGGGGCUACUGGCCAACUCGCGCUGGGUUCGGCCAAAGAUCCAAUACUUUUUCAGCUUUGCUGUACUGUACAAUGGUGUCUGCCACAUCCUUUGUCCUUUGGUGGAAUCCUACACUGGUCUAGUUGUGUAUUCAAUUUUCUUUGGCUUUGCCUUUGGCAUGGUCAGCUCAGUGCUGUUUGAAACGCUCAUGGACCUGGUUGGGCCUCAGAGGUUCUCCAGUGCUGUGGGCCUAACCACCAUUGUGGAAUGCUGUCCAGUCCUUCUUGGUCCACCACUUGCAGGGAAACUGGUAGAUGUCACAAAGAACUACAAGUACAUGUAUUUUUGCUGUGGAGCCGUCGUGAUUCUGGGUAGUAUUUGGCUCUUCAUUGGAAACUUCAUCAACUACAGACUCUUGGAUCGUGAGCGCAAACAACAAGAAAAGUACAAACGGACUGAAACAGAAGACCCAGACCAAGUUAAGGCUCUGGCGGCGGCUGAUGGGGAAGCCCAGGCCUCUGAGGAGACGAUCAACAAAGGUCAGAGAGACGCAGAUCCUAUGCAGCAGGAAACCAACAUCUAGAGCCUUAUGCUUCAACUUCAGUGCAACACUGUCAACAAUGAUCAAACUGAGGUCCAUGAUUAGAGGUGCCCGUGGGUGUUCCACCAGGCUCCAUUUAGGGUCCACUGCAUUUCUCUACAAGUAACUUCCUAAGCAGCGAUUGUAUUGUAGAAAGCUAUGAGGUGUAUCUGAUUGUGAAAGAGUAACAGCUAUGAAUGAGAGAAAAAUAUAAGAUAUUAUACGCAUAUAAAGAGUCAGAAAAGGACUGUGGAAAGCAGUGUAAAACUAUAUUUUCUUUUUUGCCACAAUCACCUCAUAUCAGAUUUAUUGUAAAUAAAUGAAUACAACUAGUUACAGACAGGGUACGAGAUAAUUGUUUCUUUUGGGAACUGUGAAUCAAAUCUGCUUAUUUUUUAGUAUUUUUUUGUAGAAAAUCAGUCUAUUAACUUUGCUGCAGUUUGUUAGAUGUUGCUUUUUUAGCGAUCUGUCUGUCCCCACAACUAUUCCAAGAUGGUGAAACAAUUCCUUUUUCCGUCCUUGUCUUCCGAUGUGAAUGCAGCAUCAGCAUGUAGCACCAGUAACCUGGUGAACCCAUGUUUGAAUUUAGAUCAAAAUAACACAAAUUCAAAGGAACAGAGGUGCUGAUUUGUUAGCAUAGGAAAUAAACGAUACAGCGGUGAGUGGCCAUGAGGAAGUUUGCUGAGCAACAACAUUUAAUGGCGGCUGCAUAGUCCUUCACAAAGACAAUAGUUUUCACAACACUGAAGAUUUCAAUGGUUGAUGAUUUCAAUAGUCAGCUAUCACUGUAUAAUAAUUUAUCAUUGAGGAACAAAAGAGGAGUUGUUGAGUUUCCUGGUCUUGGCUACUGUCUUGGCUACUGUAGGAAACAAAAAAAACUCAUGGUGUCACUUCCGUUGUGAAUGCUUGAAUAUUGAGUUCGCCGUACUCUGGGAAUGGUCGAUCCAUUUUGUGACACAUGCAGAAGUCCUAAUGGCUUCGUUUCAUAUGGCAAGUGGGCAUCCUAAAAUGUCCACUCCCAUUAAUAAAGAACAGAUGUGUUCACAGCUGCUGAUGCUGGUGUGCACCUACAGUAUACUGCCCACCUGAGCACUGUAAUGUGGUGCCAAUAUCUCACUUUAAUACUCUCGGUCAUAAAAUGCUCCCUGUAAGUCGUCUGAUGCUUCAUGUUGCACUCAUAUACAGUAUGCUGCACUAAGAAACAAAUGGCCAUACUACUCCCCAAACAUCUUUAUAAAACUGCUGCAAUCCGAUGAAUUUAAUUAUGGUUGAAUGUAAUUUACUCUAUGGGCCUUACUAAGGUGUUAUUGACCAAAACCUGUCUGCAUAUGAAUGGGUUUUCUACAUAAUCUAUCCUUUAAGCAAUAUAAUCUCAUAUAUUUAAAUGCAGAUGUACAGGGAGAUGUGCAGUAUUUAGUUUUGGUCCAUUCUAGAGUACAUUGCCUUAAAUGUGAUGCGAUGUGUUUUCAGUUGUACAGUGCAUACUUGAUGGGAUUAUAUGAAGCCGAUCCACCUUUGUGUUAAAUGUGACCACUCAUUUUGUUGUUACACUCACAAGAAAACAAUAUAACCUGUGUCUAUAUUGUGAAUUUAAUGCAGUGAGAUGACGCCUGAAAGGUAUACUGCUAAUGAACUAAUGCUAAUCAAGUGUACCUGUACUAACAGUCCUAUUGUGUGUUACCAUUCGUAGUGGAUCUUCAUAUUGUGGAACGGUUUAACUGUCGUCUGUCGCUGUAAGUGUCAGUGUUGCUCCAUAUUCUAUCCAUUCCACGUUUUUCAUUUUUUUUCCCCACUGUGCUGUUGAUCACAAACCCUGAGGCUGAAUGCAGACCACGUGGUGCAGCGUCUCCGACGUCCUAACAGAAGCCAAAACGCAUUUUGAUAAAAACGAAUGUAGGUUUUCAAAGAAAACGUGAGGCUACUUCAGACCUGACCAUGGUUUCAUUUCCAUUUUCGUAUGGAAAUCAGUCUAUUUUUGAAGCAGCACCUUCAACAACACAGGUUACAUUUAUUGAUUCACUCACUUAGUAAAUCUGUUUAUUUUCGCUUUUUAAUUCAGUCACCAAAAAUGCACUUUGUUCACCAGCAGCUCAUGCAAAGAUUAGUAUUUUCAUACAUUAUCGGUGUUGUCCUAAAUAAAUAAAUAAAUAUAAAAAUUAACACCUUAUGAAUGUCACUUAUCCUGCUUUGCACCUAGUUGGUAGAGAGAGGGACUGCUUUCAUUCACUGUGCUCACUGUGCAUGCUUAUGAAUAGAACAGACUGCUGUACAAUCACUUUCUACCUAAUAACACUGCCCCCUGCUGGUUUCAAAUUACCUAGACCAAAAGGUAUAUAUUUCUUUUUUGUCAAACAUUUUAGGUUUCAGUUUCAGAGCCAAUACAAAUGUAUUUAUACUUUUUUUUGGUGAUGGGAAUAUUCUUUUUUAUUGUUACUUAUAUACUAAUGUAAUAGAAAAUACAAUUCUAUUAUGAAAAACUACUACUACUACAUGCUGAAUCUUUACAUGCAUGUAUUUUUACCAUUUUAGGAAUUGUGUGCCACUUUCUUCCUCCAACAAUCACAAUCACAAUCAAGUGUACAAAUAGAGCAGGUCGUUCCUUAUGUAUAUGCAGAGGAAUGCCACGACAAAAGGUUAUAUAUACUAUAUUUGACGUGCACCAUUAGCCUUAUCAGUUGUAUUGUUUGACAUAGCAUGUAUUUUGUGUUUCCGUUCUUGCAUAUUUAUGCAUACACUGGUGUUUAGUCAGAGGUACAAUUUCAAAAUUUGCUUAUUUAGCAAAGAGGUUGAGUUAAAAUUAUUUUAUUUAUUGUCAUCAGUAAUAUAUUAUUUCUAAUAAUAUAUUAUUAUUUCUUUAAAUAAGUUAACUGUUGUUCACCGUUUCCUUGGAUUUGUAUGUUUGUUUGUUUUGUUUUCCAUAAUGUGUGGAACUGAUAUACAGAGUGUAAAAGGGUUUUAAGCUUGUAAAAUAUAAUAAAAGAGAGUGGGGGAGGUGUCACUCAGGAUGUUAACGGAAAAUGUCUUGUUUGUCUUCCGAAAAAGCACUUAUGACUUGAACGAUGGCAGAUUGGAUUUUACUGUAAGAAUGUCUCUGAAUUGUAUAUCUGUCAUUAUUGAAUAACAUUCUUCAAAGGAACGGCUGAAAGUGAUUGUUUUCAUUUGAAAUUGCCAUGUUUAUGCCGAAAUUAGAGAAUAUCCCGUUUAAAAACCUCCCACUGAAAAGCAUUUCAUUUUAAAUUUGCUAAUACUAAUCUCUUCCCACUGAUCCAUGCUGUCUCCUUGAAGCGAUUGUAGGAUUUAAAACAUUUUUAGUAGAACAAAAGUCUAUUCUUCAGAAUGAAAUCUUCCAUUUCCUCGCAUUGAUGUGGUGAGAAAACUGUAGAUUUGCUACUGGGAGGCUGAAGGACUGUCUAAGCUAAGCUAACUGUGCCUUAUUGUCCUACAAGGACCAUUUAUUUUUGCGAGUAUAUGAUCUUAGAGUAUUUUUUUAGGUUUUUUUUUUGGUCCUCUUUCCUACUGUCUGACUGUUUACAAGUCGAUUGCAUUCCAUACGUUUAUGUAAAUAAUUAAUUAACGUAGCUACUAAUUCAUAAUUGACUACUGGCUUAUAUGUGAACAUAUAAGCUACAAGUACGUGUGACCUCUUGAUCAGAUUUAGAAUUCUGGAAAUGAUAUUAACAUGAAAUUGCCAUGGUUACGAAUUUUAAAUUUGAGGACAGUUGUUUUGACAUGUUUGGACCUCCGUACCGUCGUGUGUCUCAGCAGUAAGGGCAGUCUUUUAUGUCCGUCCAGUAGCAGAUAUUGCUGUGUGCUCUCUCAUCAGGGAUCAGGGAUUAUUUCAGAUAUCAGUCAGUAUUUUUCCCCUACCUCUGCUGCCAUCAUGUCAGAGCCACAUGGGUUUAAGAGAAGUGAUCAAUGUUUUUGUAAAAUGGAGCAUAAAUAUAAAGAUAUCAUCUAUCACAGUAGCAACAAUAAACAUAGCGUAUGUCCACAUA